ACGUCAGAGGCUACCCGAGGGAAGCUUUUGUCGCAGAGAGCAGAAGCCAUAGGACGAAAGGGGCGGGAAUCAAAGCCGGAGGACUCGGUCGGCCGUCGCGGCUGAAGGGGAACACCGACUCCGUUUCGCUCCUUCGAGUUCAGGUUUCUGAGCUGUUGGACCAUUGAGGCAAUGGAGGGUGGAGUUGCUGCUGCGGGAGGCUACCAGCCUCCAGCUGGAUUUGUAGAGGAUCAAAGGGAACCUUUGCUUGAUUUGAAACUAACGGACUCCACCGAGCUUUGGCUCAUUCAGUGGCCUCGCAAUACACCUCCUGACUUUAAUGGACAAGAAGUAACGCUCAAGCUUAACCAUGACGGAAAGUUAGGAAGUUUUGAGGGUUCGUCUGGCAAAGAAUAUGAUGUGGUUAGCUAUUCCGCUCAGGAGCCUGAUGCAACUGUUUUCCUAUCAUCUUCUUCCGGUUCAAAAAUUGUGGGGAAGAUUUCACGGCGAGUUUCCCUCGUCCACUACCCAGACCCUACAGAGCUCGAGAAGCUCGAUCCCAGUAAUCUGAAACAACUGUACCAGAAACCUGAUGGGACCUCCAUGGCAAAUACUUCCCACCAGUUCCCCACUCCAACUCAGAGCACAAAGUUGAGGGGCUCACGAACGUCGAGCAAGUAUGCGGCCUCCUCCCACGGCAGUCGGCAAAGAGGGGCCAGCCUCGAAGCUGGAGAGGCAUCAAGGUCACGGAAACGGGCCGGCGAGUCUUCUGGCCCCAGGGACCAUGUCCACAGUGGAGUAACUUCGGAACAUUCUCGGGGCCAUAACUCAGCUGUUUCAUCAGGGUCCAUGGGGAAUUCUCAUCAGAAAUCACCUAAGAAGAAGAAGAAGAGUGAAGAGUAAAACCUCUUCGGAGAAGAAGACUCAAUCCCUCCCUCAUUAGGGAUGUCCAUGGGUUUCGGUAAACAGGUUUUAACCCUACCUGGACCCUAAUGGGUAAUAAAAGGGUUUUGCCCGUUGAAUUAUGGGAAGGGUUUUGGGAUUUUUAGUCAAAAUCUACAGGGUGAAGUGGUUUGAUUUUUUGCAUGAAAACCCGUGCCAAACCCGUUGAGUUUAAAAUUACUAAAGUACCCCCGUUAAGGAGCUUGUAGAGGAUUCAGUUGUUGGGGUUUUAAUGGAGUGAAUUGUUUGAAUUUAUUUUGGAUUGUGUUGGAGAAAUUGGUGUGUUGUUUGAGAAGGGGAAACCUAGGAGAUAGUGAAUUUCAUCAUUUUUCAACUCAAAAAUAAAAUUUAUCAUUUGUUGGUCA